UAGCAGUUUAGCUCAAAUAGCGCACCGUCUAAACAGCUCUAAAUCCCAUAACGCUCACCUCAAUUUCUCCAAAUUAAGAGUGCAGUCAUGUUACGUCCAACGAUAUCCCGGGUUUCAAAACCACUGGUCGCUUCUGUUAGACAGUGGCAGGCUUUUAGGAGCUACGCUUCGGCUUCCAAGUCUCAAUUUGAAUGGAAUGAUCCAUUAGCAAGCAAGAACUUAUUUACCGAGGACGAAUUGGCUAUUUCGGAGACAGCAGAGCGAUAUUGUCAAGAACAAUUGCAACCGCGAGUUCUCCAGGCAUAUCGUGAUGAGCAUUAUGACCCCACUAUCUUGCUCGAGAUGGGUGAACUUGGCCUACUCGGUGCGAAUUUGCACGGUUACGGUUGUGCUGGGAUAUCAACUGUAGCGUCCGGUCUGAUCACCCGGGCCGUCGAACGAGUCGAUAGCGGCUACCGAUCGGGCAUGUCAGUGCAAUCCUCCUUGGUCAUGGGCGGAAUCUACGAAUUUGGAACUACGGAACAGAAGGAGAAAUAUCUACCCAGCAUGGCUAAGGGGAAGCUCCUUGGCGCGUUUGGACUCACAGAACCCAACCAUGGAAGCGACCCAGGAUCCAUGGAAACGAUGGCGCGACCGCACCCGACGAAAAAGGGAUAUUACCUUCUAAGCGGCUCUAAGACCUGGAUCACGAAUUCGCCUAUUGCUGAUGUGCUUAUGGUAUGGGCGAAGUUGCAAGAGACCGGUAAGAUCAGAGGAUUCCUCAUAGACAAAAAGGAUUGUCCGUCAGGUACACUGGAGACUCCGGCUAUCAAGAACAAGACCGGGCUCCGGGCUAGCAUUACCGGCAUGAUUCAUAUGGACGACUGCCCGGUACCGCAAGAAAACAUGUUUCCCGACAUCGAGGGAUUAAGUGGACCUUUCACUUGCCUGAAUAGUGCCCGAUACGGUAUCUCCUUUGGAACUAUGGGCGCCUUGGAAGAUUGUAUUAACCUAGCGCGGACAUAUGCCUUGGAACGCAAGCAAUUCAAAUCCAAUCCCCUCGCUAAGUAUCAACUUGUACAGAAGAAAUUAGCUGAUGCUGCAACUGAUGCUGCGUAUGGAGUGUUAGCGUCGGUACAAGUGGGUAGACUUAAAGAUGAGGGGAAAGCCACACCGGAGAUGAUCAGCAUGAUAAAAAGACAGAACUGCGACCGUGCGCUUGUGAAUGCGAGAGCAUUACAAGAGAUCUUCGGGGGGAACGCCGUUAGCGACGAGUACGGGAUCGGACGACACGUGGCUAACCUAUUCGUGACUCAGACAUAUGAAGGCCAGAGCGAUAUUCACUCUCUCAUUCUCGGAAGAGCCAUCACUGGAAUACAAGCUUUCGUAUGAAGAAACGAGCUGAACCAACCAAAGAGAUUCAUAUGUACCCAGAUCGUCGAGCAUAUCUGGGACAAUGUAGAUAUACCGGAUUAUAUCCAACAUGCAUACAUUAUGUAGAUUUGAAGCUAUUGAUUCGAGAGAUGAUAUCUCGCCAUUUUCCGCA